GUCACAAGUUCUCUAGCGCCGAUUUCGGCGUCUGAACCCAUUUCCUUCAUCUCUUCUAGGCCCUCCCCUUUUAAUGGGGAAGACAAAACCCAAAAAACCUAAAAAGAACCAGUCACCAAAAAAACCCGUUUCUCCGCAAAAGUCCACCUCACCACAAAGCACGAGUGAUGGUGGAGUCCCAUCCUCCGAACCACCGCAAACAAAUGACCAAUCGAUUAUCUCAGAGAAAAUUUUGGCCAUAAAUACUGUUUCAGAUCCGAUCACAGAAAAGGAGAUCCUAGAUCUAAACUCCAAAGUGGAUUCUGCGAAGGUGGUAGACAACACCAGACCAGACUCUCCAGGGAUGGUAGUCGCCACUGCUUCGUCCAAUUCUAUGCUAGCGAUGGUUGUUCCUGGAAACAACGACGCUGGUAACAGCUCCUCACCAGCUGCGGUAGAUACCUGGGUAAACCAUGUCAAAGGUACCUCGAAGCUGAUGAAGAAAAAGGGGACUGCUUUCACACUCGACUCGGGAGAGAUUUGCGUCCAAAUCCCUAACUCAGUCAUUGAGAAAAAUAAAAAGGAAUGGGAUUGUUUCAUUAUGGGCCAGUUUUACUCCGACCCUCCAGCUCACGGGACCAUCCACAACAUAGUUACUGGCAUUUGGAGCAAGCAUUUUAGAGAUAUUUUGGUAACUAAGAUGGAAGGUAACGCUUUCCUGUUCCGCAUUCCCAAUCCUCAUACCCGGAACCGUGUCCUCAACCAACGGCUAUGGCAAAUUGAGGGUCAAACAAUGUUCGUUGCUCAUUGGAGUCCCGGUGUGGUUCCGGUAAAACCUGAGUUAACCACGGCUCCAAUCUGGUUGGAACUACGCGAUGUGCCUUUCCAAUUCUUUAAUGAGGAAGGACUAGAACAUAUCGCAAGUUUAGUCGGCGACCCCAAAUUCCUCCACCCUACGACUGCAAAUAAAACGAACCUGGAAGUUGCAAAGGUCUUCACCAUAAUUGAUCCUCGAAAACCUCUACCAGAAGCUGUCAACGUUCAGUUCGUUUCAGGUGAGAUAAAAAGAGUAAGAGUCUCUAGUCCUUGGAUGCCACCAGUUUGCAGUUUUUGCAAGGCAAUUGGGCAUAGUCUGAAGCGUUGUCCCCAAGCUCCAAUCACUUGCCCAACCUGCAAUUCAACAUCCCACCUAAAGGAGUCCUGUCCUAAACUAAACCUGCCUGAUCCUGGUCCAAAGACGAAGAAAAGGCAACAUCGUAAUAGAUCCAGGACACCGCCAAGACCCUCUAAUCUUAUCUGGAGAGAAAUCAAAGCUUCGGACUCAUCCUUAGCACCUCAAGGUGUUGAAAAAUCUCCUGUUAAACCGCCCCACCUAUCAGUUCAGUCCACAUGAAUAAAGCUGGGACUUCUGCAUAAUAUGGAGGCGGGUGAAUCCAGCAAAAACCCAGGGAAAGAUGUCGUGACUGAGUUGUCUAAAACCAGUUUCGAGUUAGAUGCUCAGAAAUACCAGUCUUCUGGGGUGGAGGAGGAUUCCUCAGAUGUUUUAUCCUCAGAUUCUGCGGAGUUUGCAGAUCCUAGGAAAGAAGAUUUUUCAGAUUUUAAAGUAGUGUUGUCUAGGAGGUAACAGAAAAGUGCUAGAGGUAGGCACCUCAAACCCUGAUCCUUUUUCAUGUAUACAAACCUUUUUUGUUGGAACGUUCGCGACUUUAAUAUAUUUAGCCAUCGUAGCGGGUUCAAAAAAUGGCUCAAGGUAAAUAAGCCCAUUUUCGGAGGUCUUAUAGAGACGCAUGUCAAACAGCCGAAAAAUCAAAAGUUCAUAAAUGAGUUACUACCCGGCUGGUUUUUUGAGGAUAACUAUGGUUUUUCAGAUUUGGGUAAAAUAUGGGUGUUAUGGCACCCAAGUGUAAAAGUGGUGGUGCUAGCAAAGUCGCUGCAGAUGAUUACAUGUGAAGUGCUAUUACCAGAUGCUCAUCAGUGGAUAGUGGUUUCUGUUGUUUACGCUGCAAAUGAGGUUGAUACAAGGGUACACCUUUGGGAGGAUUUAAAACAACUGUCAGCUUCCCCGAUUAUCGGUAAUAGAGCGUGGUUGGUAUUGGGAGAUUUUAACCAAACCCUCCACCCCACAGACCAUUUCGAUCCUGUCACUCUGAAUGUGGAUAGAAGGACAAGAGAUUUCAGGGAAUGUUUACUGGAUGCUGAACUGUCAGACUUACGGUACCAAGGAAGCAAAUUUACUUGGUGGAACAAAAGCAAGACUAGACCGGUGGCAAAAAAGCUAGAUAGGGUCUUGGCGAAUGAGAGCUGGAGUUUAUGUUUCCCCUCUUCUUAUGAUGUGUUUGGAGCUCCUGAUUUUUCGGACCAUGCUGUGUGCGGAGUUAUUCCUUCAUCCACAGGAGAGAAAAUUAAAAGACCUUUCAAGUUUUUUAAUUUCUUCCUCCAAAAUACAGAUUUCAUUCAGGAAAUAGGAAUGCACUGGCUCUCUCUAAAUGUUACUGGCUCGGCUAUGUAUAGAGUCUCAAAGAAGCUUAAGAUCCUGAAAAAGGUAAUAAGAGAUUUCAGCAGAGCAAACUAUUCUGAACUUGAAAAGAGAGUAGCUGAGGCCCAUGAACUCAUGACCAACCUCCAAGAGCGAACCUUAGCAGAUCCCUCAAUUUCAAACGCUGAGUAGAAAUUGGAGGCACAGAGAAAAUGGAGUAUUCUAGCUAAAGCUGAAGAAUCAUUCUUAUGUCAAAGGUCUAGAGUGACAUGGAUGAGAGAAGGGGAUGGAAACAUGGCGUAUUUUCACAGGAUGGUAAAUUCUCGGAAGUCGAUCAAUCAUAUCCAUUACCUCCUGGAUGAUGCGGGAAACAUGAUAGACUCGCACCAGGGUAUUACUAACCAUUGUGUUGGCUACUUUAAGAACCUAUUAGGUAGAGAAGAAAACCCUGCAAUGUUUGUGCAGAGCGAUUUGGAGCUCCUUCUGCCCUAUAAAUGCUCACAAGAUCAGAUCUCUAAUUUGGAGAAACCUUUUUCAAACCAAGAGAUCAAAGCAGCUUUUCUCUCGCUCCCUAGAAAUAAGACAAGUGGCCCAAACGGCUAUUCUGCGGAAUUUUUUUGUGGGAUGCUGGAACUAUAUUGGAGCUGAGGUUACUGAGGCGGUUGCUGAAUUCUUUCAAUCAGGCCGCCUGCUAGAGCAAGGGAACGCCACCUCUUUAAUCCUUAUCCCAAAGAUCACUAAUGCAACUCAGCCUUCGGAUUUUAGGCCAAUCUCUUGUCUCAAUACUGUGUACAAGGUGAUAGCCAAACUCCUUGCGACCAGACUCCAAAGUUUGCUUGUCCAUGUCAUAUCCUCCUCCCAAUCUGCUUUCCUCCUUGGGAGGUUGCUAGCUGAGAAUGUUCUGUUAGCCACUGAAAUUGUACACGUCUACAACAAAAGCAACAUUGACCCUAGCGCUAUGUUAAAAGUGGAUCUCCGGAAAGCUUUUGAUUCGGUUAGAUGGGAUUUCAUCCUCUCCGUGAUGAAGGCAAUCGCUAGUCCUGAUAAAUUCAUAAACUGGAUCCAUCAAUGCAUUGCCACCCCUUCCUUCUCUGUCUCAGUGAAUGGCGCCUCAGGGGGUUUCUUCAAGAGUUCUAAAGGACUCAGACAGGGAGAUCCGCUAUCCCCCUAUUUAUUUGUCCUUGCAAUGGAGGUUUUUUCCAAACUGCUGCAAUCCCGGUUUGAUGCAGGGUAUAUCCAUUAUCACCCGCAAACCUCUGAUCUCUCCUUAUCGCACCUCAUGUUCGCAAAUGACAUUAUGAUAUUUUUUGACGGAGGAAGUUCUUCACUCCACGGAGUAGUUGAGGCUCUUGAUGAUUUCACGUCGUGGUCUGGUCUGAAGGUAAACAGAGACAAAUCCCACCUUUUCCUAGCAGGUGUCGUUCAGUAUGAGAAGGAUACAAUGCUGAGAUACGACUUCCCUAUUGGUACCCUCCCCAUUAGAUAUUUAGGCCUGCCUUUAAUGCAUAGAAAGCUGAAAAUAUCUGAGUAUGCGCCUCUGCUAGAUAAAAUCUCUGCAAGAUUCAGAUCUUGGGCUGUUAAGUCUCUCUCUCAUGCGGGUCGAGUUCAGUUGAUCUCUUCAGUCAUAAAUGGAACGGUAAAUUUUUGGAUUUCCACUUUUUUAUUGCCUAAAGGUUGCCUUAAGAGGAUUGAAGCUUCUGCUCUCGUUUCUUGUGGUCUGGUAACAUCGAUAUUCGCAAAACCGCCAAGGUCUCGUGGGAAGGUUUGUGUCUGCCUAAGGAUGAAGGUGGUGUGGGUCUUAGGCGUUUCUCAGAAUGGAACAAAGCCCUAUGUCUGAGAUUUUUUUGGCUCCUGUUUGCAAACGAUGAUUCCCUUUGGGCAGCUUGGCACAAACAAAUUCACCUUAGAAACAGAUCCUUCUGGUCCAUCGAACCAAGUCCUCACGACUCUUGGACCUGGAAAAUGUUACUCUCCCUAAGACCUCUUGCAGAACAAUUCCUGAUAAGCUCGGUGGGUAAUGGACUCAAAACUUUCUUCUGGUUUGACAAUUGGACCCCCUAGGUCCUCUUAUCAAAUUUAUUGGUGAGGAUGGCCCUCGAAUCCUCUGUAUCCCCAGGACAGAAAAAGUGGCCGAAGCUUGUUCCAGCUCGGGUUGGAGGUUACCUCCCCCUAGGUCCGAUAAUGUUGUCUCACUUCAUGUGCAUCUCACCACAAUCGAGCUCCCAGGUCCCAAUUCAGGUGAUGAUCAAUUUAACUGGAUAGCAAAUGAUGUGAUUUGUUAAGGUUUCUCCUCCGCAAGGACUUGGGAAGAUUUGCGUCCACGACGGCCUAAGCAGAGCUGGUCAGCCUCCAUCUGGUUCAAAGGUGAGGUCCCUAAACAUGCUUUCAACAUGUGGAUCAGUCAGCUCAACAGGUUGCCAACAAGGGAAAGACUAGCUUCUUGGGGAAUCUCUCCCACCUCUGACUGAUGUCUUUGCUCCGUAAUGAUCGAGUCCAGGGAUCACCUACUGCUCAAUUGUGUUUUUGCUCAAGAAAUCUGGAAAUCUAUCUUUUCAAGAUUGGGCCGUUCCCAGCAUACGCCCAGAUCAUGGGCAGAGCUCCUCUCUUGGACGCGAUGCACCUCCCCAAGAGCUCCUACAACCCUAAGGAAGCUUGUAGCUCAUGCGAAAGUUUAUCACAUCUGGAAGCAACAUAACAACGUCCUUCAUAAUUCGAACUCAAUUCUGCCACUGAUUGUGUUCAAGUGUAUUGACCAAGACAUCCAUAACAUCAUCCCUGCUAGAAAACACAAGAAGCUUUUUCGACUGUUGAUGCUCCUAUGGUUGGAGUAGGUUCACCUAUAUUGUACCCAAAUCCUUUUGUUACCUUGUUUCUAUUCUUUUUUGCCAAGGUGACAUAGAUAUUAUAGACUUGGCCCAGUAGCUCAUGACUCAUGAAUCUCACCGUUUCAUAUAUAUAUGCUGCUUAUGUGAUGCGCUUGUGAAAUCCUCCAACAUAUAUUUGCCCAACUCAGCAAUCGUGAUUUUGCCUGUCAAGUUCCCACAGUUCUUCACCGGAAGAAGAUCAUAUAUGAACCCUCAUUCCAAUGUUAGCGUUAUAAGUACCAGAAGAGCUUCGUGUGCCCUUUGAGACUUGGUUCCAUUUUCCAUGAAGACUUGGUACCAUUUUGCAUAACCCAGCAAAAGAUAAUCAACUUAGCUUAUUAAAGAAAAAGCUGCUCAAGAGAAGGCUGCCAAAGAGGAUCCAAAAACAAAUAAAAAGAGACACUUGAACGUGGUGUUUAUUGGGCAUGUCG